CUGCAGUGCAACUCAAGCCCUUCGCCAAAAAUUCCUGAAUGGAGAAGUUUGAUCGUCCAUGCUGUUACUCAAACCUUGCACGCCUGGUUUCCCAUCGCUUGAAGCCCUGGAACUCUCUAGCGGGGACUGCCGAAGCGGCGACCGUCGACCCAGCUUGAAGACAAACUGUCUCCAUUUUUUGACCUCAUUCCGGUCAUUAUUUUGCGAUGCUUCAACGCACAGAGAUCCUCGGGUCAAGCCAUGAAUUGCACAGAUGUAACAUCGCUGUGCGAGCGUGCAUCUCAGAUUGACGUUGAUAUAUAUAUAACUUGGCACCGGGCGCGGUACCCUCUUUGAGCGCUGCGAAGUGUGUUCAUUUUCCUUUCCAAGGCCAUCAUCAUCAUGGAGAUCGGGUAUUACGUCCACAUGGCGCAUAGUGUCCAACUCUGUCGUUGCUGACUGGCAUCGAUAUGGUGUGUUACAACUGCAUUGUCAUGACGCAUGGAUACCGCAGAAUAGGUGGAAGAUCAGGUACAGUCCCAGCCAGCAUUAAUCACCACUUUUUGACCGGUCGGAAUGGGGGUAAAGAUAUAAAUAGGAAUUUGAAAUGGUGUGCAGAAGAAACGAAAGCGACACCAGGCAGGAUUGAGUUGAACAUCGUGCACCUUGAACUUGCUUAUUGGCUUUCCUCCUUCUGUGACCCUUAUUCCGGCAUGAAACCGGGUGGCCAGAAAUCUUCCAGGGAUCAUUCUCAACUAAUGAGUAUCUGCAUCCGUCUGACUAACUACCAAUAUCCUAAUCAACGCUGGUGAUGAAUUAGCAUUGUUACAUGCUCUCCCGAUGGCAUCCUCCGCCUCAAUUUUACUCAAUUAGUAUCCUUUCCGGUUUUGAUGGUUUUGAUUGGCAAUGUCAACAUCAAGGUUUAUUUUCAAGUUCUUUGCAUGAGUUAGCGUUUCUAUGUUUAGAACCUAGUUUGAUUGAAAAUUUCAUGCAAGGAUGUCAGGGAUCUGGA